AUGGGUGCUAAUUCUUCUUAGAGCGAGAAAUUCGUAUAAGAGUUCUAAAGACAAUGUGUGAAAGUAAGAGAGUUGAAAGACUUGCGCUUUGGGGACGUUUAGAUUUAUAGAACACAGUAGAAUUCGUACAUUAUGGUCAAGAGCAUCUGGUGCAAUAAUUCAUCAGAAUAUGAUGCAUCAAUUAGUAAUAUCCAAUUGAUUAAUAUAGGUAAUUGUGAGAAGAGAUCCAAACUUCAACAUUAGAAUUUAGUCAAACUCUUAGGAUAUCAUUCAAAUUCAUAAAACUAAUGGUGUGGAGAUUUUUCAAAAAUAACAGUAUAUUUGGAAUUCUUUGAUUACACUCUAGAAAAGUCUAUUGAUACAAGGAGACAGACCAAUCAAUACUUUACAGAAGCUGAACUAUGGAAAAUGCUAUUCACUAUUGCAAAAUUAGGAAUCUUUCUUGAAGAAUAAAACAAAGUUCUUGGAGAUAUCAGACCUUGCAACAUUUAAUUGUCAGAUGAUUUGAAAAUGGCUGUAUGAAUUAUCAUUAAUUCUUUUUAGGAAUUAGGCAUUUUGAAACCAGAUCAAACAGGUUAUUAAAGACAAAUAAAUAACCUAGAAGUAGCAUAUUUAAGUCCAGAACAGUUGUAUUCACUCAACAACCCUUCAAUUACUGCUAAAUCCGAUGUCUAUUCUUUGGGAGUUACAAUGUUAGAAUGUUCUACUCUAAUGAGCGGAAAGAAUCUUUACAAAUCUAAUAGAAUUGACAACCAACUACUUUAACAAUUAUUAGAAACCGUCAAAUAACUUGGAUAUUCAAACCCAUGGUACAGAAUGGUGAGAGAAUUAUUAAAAGAAUAGCCAGAUGAAAGACCUUCCUAUUAAGAUAUUUAUGUAAAAUCAAAAUUAAUAAUUAGGAUGCCCUCAAAUAAUUCGAAGUUUAAAUCCUAAAUUUGUAGCCUUUUUCCCUUAUAUAUCAACAACCUCCAAUACCAUAGCAAUCUAUAUCACCAUAUAGACCAUAAUAUUAACAAUAUUCAUAGUCCUUACCACCUCAACAUCAAUAACCAUAAGCACAAAAUUAAGUUCCAAUUUAAUAUUAAUAAUAAUUCCAAUAACAAUAGCCAUAACCAUAAUAAUAAUAAUAAUAAUAAUAAGUUGUUUAACCAUAACAAUUGCACUCUUUACCAUAGUAGCCAACUUAUUAAUAUCAACAAUAAGUGCAUCCACAAUAAUAAUAACCAAUUUUAGCUUCUUAAUUACCUUAAUAAUAGACUUAGCAAUAAUAACCUAUGCCAUAACAAUCCUAUAUGUAUUAAUAUCAAUAACAACAACCUUAUUUAAAUGAAUUAGCAAAUGCUUAAUCAAAUUAUUUUGUUUAAUAACCAGUUCAUCAUUUACCUUAGUAAAUAGAACAGUCUCCAUACCAUACACUAUAGUCUCCGUAAAACAUGACAUCAACAAUGUAUUAUCAAGAGGAGGAGUAAGAUGAUGGAUUAAAUGAGAUUGACAGAAAGAUCUAACAAGCAUUAAAAAUGACUAGGGAGACUGAAAUGAGAAAUAAAUAAACCCCGAAUUACUAUUGAC